AUGACAAAAUAUACUCUAUUAAAUCGUAGAAUGAAUAGUGAAUAUCGAAUAAGUCAACGUAAAUUAGCAGUGAUUGUGAUAGUGACAUUUAUACUCUUCCUAUAUGCUCUAAACCGAAACUCUUCGUGUGAUAAUGACGAAUCCUUAUCUAAGGAAUCUCAACAUGAUGUUGAUAAUAAUUUGCCAAUAAUUUAUGCAGUAACACCAACUUAUUAUCGUCCUGUACAAAAGGCUGAGUUAACAAGGUUAUCGCAUUUAUUUCGUUUGGUACCAAACCUGUUUUGGGUAAUUGUUGAAGAUGCAGAAGAGACAAGUGCCUUAGUAAGAAAUUUAGUAAAUCGAGCUGGUCUAUCAAAUCGAGCCGUGCUGCUACAUGCGAAAACACCAACGGAUUUUAAACUGACUAAAAAGGAUCCUCAUUGGUCGAAACCACGCGGUGUUGAGCAACGCAAUGAGGCACUGAAAUGGAUCAGAAAGAAAGUCAAACACGAGCCAGGACAUGCUAUCGUGUAUUUCAUGGACGAUGAUAAUAGCUAUAGCGUUGAGCUGUUUGAAGAAAUGUCAAAAAUUCAAAGAUCAAGAGUUGGAGUAUGGCCAGUUGGAUUAGUAGGUGCAAUGUAUGUCGAAAAGCCAAUCGUUGAAAAUGGCAAGGUUGUUGGAUUCAACAGCAUGUGGAGACCUGAACGACCUUUCCCAAUAGAUAUGGCAGGUUUUGCAAUUAGCACUGAUUUACUCGAAUCAAAUCCGAGCGCCAUGUUUAGUUAUGAGGUGCAGAAAGGCUAUCAAGAGUCUGAAAUUUUACGACAUGUUACGACACGCGACAAAUUGCAGCCGAUUGCAUCGAAUCAAAUACUCGUCUGGCAUACAAGAACGGAGGCUUCAAAACUAGAUAAUGAAACAAAAUUGGUCAAGAAAGGUCUUCCUCAAUCUGAUAAUGAUAUGACUGUUUAA